AGAAUAUUCAGUUGACAUCCGUCCUAAACACAUAUGCUCAUGCACCUGCCCCUGAGCACUUGGAAAAUUACUCAUCUAGAAUAAUGCAGGCUUUAAUCCGUUGAGUUCAAGGUUCCAACGGGCCAGUGAAGAAGUCCAUGCGGGAGAAGGCAGUGGAACGAAGGAACGUCAACAAAGAGCAUAACAGCAACUUCAAAGCUGGGUACAUUCCCAUCGAUGAAGACCGGCUGCAUAAAACCGGGCUGAGAGGGAGAAAGGGCAACCUAGCCAUCUGUGUGAUUGUCCUCCUGUUUAUCCUGGCUGUCAUCAACCUGCUUAUUACACUUGUCAUCUGGGCCGUGAUUCGCAUUGGGCCAAAUGGCUGUGACAGCUUGGAGUUUCAUGAGAGCGGUCUGCUGCGAUUCAAGCAAGUGUCCGACAUGGGUAUCAUCCAUCCGCUUUAUAAGAGCACAGUGGGAGGAAGGCGGAAUGAAAACCUGGUCAUCACUGGCAACAACCAGCCGAUUGUUUUUCAGCAAGGGACAACCAAGCUGAGUGUUGAAAAGAACAAAACCUCCAUCACCAGCGACAUUGGAAUGCAAUUUUUUGACCCAAGGACACAAAAUAUCUUAUUCAGCACAGACUAUGAGACUCAUGAGUUUCACCUGCCAAGCGGAGUGAAAAGUUUGAACGUUCAGAAAGCGUCAACUGAAAGGAUCACCAGCAACGCUACCAGUGACUUGAACAUCAAAGUCGAUGGGCGUGCAAUUGUGCGAGGCAAUGAAGGCGUGUUCAUCAUGGGCAAAACCAUUGAAUUUCACAUGCGAGGGGAUGUGGAACUAAAGGCUGAAAACAGCAUCAUCCUCAAUGGCACUGUGAUGGUCAGCCCAACGCGUCUGCCCAGCUCCUCCGGCGGAGACCAGUCAGGCAGUGGUGACUGGGUGCGGUACAAGCUCUGCAUGUGUGCAGACGGCACACUCUUCAAAGUACAAGUAACAAGCCACAACAUGGGCUGCCAGGUCUCUGACAACCCUUGUGGAAACACGCAUUAGAAGGAGCAUCCGCAGGGCUCAGCAUGUUCAGAUCUAACUCGACCCUCCCCUUUUGAAGAAUGCAUGUGAGCCAUGUUUCUACAGUUUGCGUAACUUGUAAUUAUUUUAACUGGGAAACACCACUGUAUCUAUUAUGUGCUCUCCAUAUUUAAGGGGUUUUGAGUGCCUAAAUUCUAAUACAAUUUAGUAAGUUGCACUGAUAUUCAAAGGACAGUUCUCUAAAAUAAUUAUGAGAAAUUAAUAAAAUCAAAAUUAAUCUUUGAAAUGUUUUUAACAUUCUACUAUCUCUUAUCCUAAAGGACAAAGGGCUGAAGCAGUUAAGACUCGCCAUAGUAAGCCCUUGGUCAUUUCUCGUGGGGAGAGAUCCACUAGAGAUGUUUGGAGGGCACAGGGACACUGUUUGUGCUCUGUCUUUGGCUUUUAAAGGGGAAGGCACAGAUAUUUUAAUGCAUUAACCCAAAGCCACAUUUUCACAAACAAGUUAUUAAAGAGCUUUCCAUAUAUAAGUUUGUAAAAAGCUAUGUUUCCUUAGUUUUGCACUAAAGAAAAUACUGUCAGCUAUGUUUACUUGGAAUAAUGAUACAUGUAAGCUUUUAUAGUGUGUGGACAUUAGACACAAGCACGGUUCUCACUCCUGUGACAGAAGCUGUCAUCCCCAGGCCUCCUCUUGCCGAGCACUGUCCUGGGCACUGUACGCUGGAUCUCUCUGUUCCAGCUGCACCUCUCUAAGCAAGUGCUUCGCUCCCAGCUCUACUCAUCAGGAAACUGAAGGUCAGGGAGGUUCAGAAAAUUGACCCAUACUGUAUGGUAAAAGAUGGACUCAGGGUUAGAAGUCAAGUACAGUUCCAACCCAGGGGAACCUAUUCCAAGUGUGUUUCUGCCUUUUUUACAACUACACUGAAUUUUCAACUAUUUAAAACUCUCAAAGGAUGGGAAAAGCCAAAUCCUAAUUUACCUAACAGGUAAAAAUCUAGCUCGUGUGCUACUCUCUAGUUAAAAUAACAGUGCUAGCAAAACAUGACCAAUCACUGUCAGAUUUUAAACUAUCUUGAGCCAGUUCUAAGCUGUCAUUCAAUAAACCGGUCUCCUUGGUCUGCUUGUCAUGUGAGAGCACCUGAAUGAGUGAUAGAGAAGCCAACACACUUUUCCCUAAGCCCUGGGGAAGCUCAGUGGAAAGGGAGGAAGCUAGGCCCCAGUAGGCACAGCUGUCCUGAUGUUAUUCCUCCAGUGUCCCAUACGGCAUCACCCUUUAGAAGUACACUGUGCCUAGAAAUUAAUAUACAUGAGAAUAAAGGGUGCUAAUUCUGGAGAUAAAGCAGGUCAUUUUAGCUAGGUAUAAAACUUUUAUCUCUGCUCCUCAUCUCAGUCUCAUUUUAAUUACUUACAGCCCCCAAGCCAGUUGAUUCUUAGCAUAGUUUAUACUUGAUUUGAAAAGAAUUUCUUGAUAUUAUUAAGACACAUGGGAUGGGGGAUGAAGAAACAUAGCUCUAAAGUACAGUAGGGAGGUAUCCUGGGCCUAGCUACAGAGAUGAGUGUUGUAGUCUGUCAUGGCCACUUAGAACUGUGUGGAUAAGAAAUCAAUAUAUAAAACAAUUUGUAUUCAAUAUUGUCACAAUUCUGUCAAAUGGAAAAACUAAAUACCUUAUAGAUUGUGAACUCAGGCUAAGGUAAGAGUUGACUUGAGACCUGACACUAAGUGCAGAUUUUAGAUGUAAAGAAAGAGAGCAAUUUAUACCUCUGGAUAUAUUCAAGUAUUGUUUAAUAACUAAAUAACGCUCAGAAAAAUCAUGCUUGGAAUUCUCCUUUCCAUGCUCAGUGUAUUUUUAAAUUGUACAUUUGUUACAUGUUCUAUUUAAAUUUGUUUUGAGAAUUUCUUUAAAUAAAUAUUUUUACUAAAUCCACAGAACACUAUAUUACAAAGUAUUAUUUACUAAAUGCAAUUCAUUUUUUUAAAAAGUGUAUUUUUACAUGUCUGUGAGAAACACUUGUGUUUUGAUACAUCUCCAUUGAGCACUUUGUAGUUUGAGAAUAUCCUGAUGCUUUGUAAAACUCGUGCUUACUAAGUAUGGUAUUUUAGACCACACUGUGGUAAACCCACUGACUGACACACUGACUUGGAAGCUCUGCCCAAGCCAAGCUUGGCGUACAGGGAAGCCGCACUGUUAAAUCGGGCCACCAGGGGGCAUAUUCCCUCUCAUGUGUUCAUCUGUUUUGAAUGUACCACACUGAGAGGACUUACUGCAGGCCUCUGGAAGGUAGAUGCAGGAGGAACCCAGGGAGGAAAACAAACACACAUUUAAAGUAAGGACAGUAUUCUAGAGAUGAAUAUCAAUGCAAAGAGAUAGAAAAAAAUAAAAGUAAGAUUCGUUCUGGAUUGUCCAGUGGAGGGAGGGCAUCCACAACACAAAGCAAGAGCUACCUGCCAACGUCAGCAGUCUUUUAAUCGCUUUAUUGGCAAUCUUUUUGCAUUGUGACAGAAGCAAAAUAAACUUUGUGUGCUAGUUUUGAUGAUGAAAGGUAGAAUUUCUACCUGGUUUUGAUGAGUGUUUUUAUAAAGGGGUUAUAAUUACUGUGUUAAACUUAAUGAAGAGGAGACCAUUGAAGUGCUGGUCAUUAUAAUCUUUCGAAUGACAUCAAGAGGGACAAAGUUUACAAGUUAUGCCAUACAAAAAAUAUACCUAUGUAUUUCUGAUUGAUGACCUCUGUUUACAAUAAAACGCUGAGAACUUG